UAUACUGCAACCAUGAAUGAAGAAAAUAUAGAUGGAACAAAUGGAUGCAGUAAAGUCCGAACAGGUACUCAGAAUGAAGCAGCAUUACUUGCUUUGAUGGAAAAGACUGGUUACAACAUGGUUCAAGAAAAUGGGCAGAGGAAAUUUGGUGGUCCUCCUCCAGGUUGGGAAGGUCCACCUCCACCUAGAGGCUGUGAAGUUUUUGUAGGAAAAAUACCUCGUGAUAUGUAUGAAGAUGAGUUAGUCCCUGUAUUUGAGAGAGCUGGGAAAAUAUAUGAAUUUCGACUUAUGAUGGAAUUUAGUGGUGAAAAUCGAGGUUAUGCUUUUGUGAUGUACACUACAAAAGAAGAAGCCCAGUUAGCCAUCAGAAUUCUUAAUAAUUAUGAGAUUAGACCAGGGAAGUUUAUUGGUGUAUGUGUCAGCUUGGAUAAUUGCAGAUUAUUUAUUGGAGCUAUUCCCAAGGAAAAAAAGAAAGAAGAAAUUUUGGAUGAAAUGAAGAAAGUUACAGAAGGAGUUGUAGAUGUCAUUGUUUAUCCAAGUGCAACUGAUAAGACUAAAAAUCGUGGUUUUGCAUUUGUUGAAUAUGAAUCUCACAGAGCUGCUGCUAUGGCCCGGAGAAAACUAAUUCCAGGAACAUUCCAACUAUGGGGCCAUACCAUUCAAGUAGAUUGGGCUGACCCAGAGAAAGAGGUUGAUGAGGAAACCAUGCAGAGAGUUAAAGUUCUCUAUGUUAGAAAUUUAAUGAUCUCAACUGCAGAGGAAACAAUUAAAGCAGAAUUCAAUAAAUUCAAACCUGGUGCAGUCGAAAGAGUAAAGAAACUUAGAGAUUAUGCUUUUGUUCACUUUUUCAACCGAGAAGAUGCAGUGGCUGCUAUGUCUGUUAUGAAUGGAAAGUGCAUUGAUGGAGCAAGUAUUGAGGUAACACUGGCAAAACCAGUAAAUAAAGAAAAUACCUGGAGACAGCAUCUUAACGGUCAGAUUAGCCCCAAUUCCGAAAACUUGAUUGUGUUUGCUAAUAAAGAAGAGAACCAUCCAAAAACUCUAGGCAAGCCACCAGCUCUUCCAGCUCGUCUCAAUGGUCAGCAUAGCCCAGGCUCCCCUGAGAUCGAUAGAUGCACUUACCCAUUUUUUCCUGGAACAAAGCUUACUCCAAUUAGUAUGUAUUCUUUAAAAUCAAAUCAUUUUAAUUCUGCAGUAAUGCAUUUGGAUUAUUACUGCAACAAAAAUAAUUGGGCACCACCAGAAUAUUACUUAUAUUCAACAACAAGCCAAGAUGGGAAAGUACUCUUGGUAUAUAAAAUUGUUAUUCCUGCUAUUGCAAAUGGAUCCCAGAGUUACUUCAUGCCAGACAAACUCUGUACUACAUUGGAAGAUGCAAAGGAACUGGCAGCCCAGUUUACUUUACUUCAUUUGGACUACAAUUUCCGUCGCAGCUCAAUAAAUAGUCUUUCCCCUGUUAAUGCUACCCUCACUUCUGGGACUCCCAGCGUGCUUCCUUAUACUUCAAGGCCUUAUUCUUAUCCAAGCUAUCCCUUGUCACCAACAAUAUCACUUGCUAGUGGCAGCCAUGUUGGACAGCGACUGUAUAUCUCCAAUCAGGCCUCAUUCUUCUGAAGAAAAUACUGUAAACAUGAAUAUUAAAGUUUCUUUGUAAAGCAUGCUAAUUAAAACAGUGUUUUAUUUUAGAAUUGGGUUUGCACAUUUGGUUUUAAAAUGAUAAAUCUGUAUUUAUUUCAGCAAGCAUCAACCAUAAUUCAGAAUAAUCCACAGUGGUAGAACUUGUAAAAAUAAGUUUAAAAAAUUACUCAGUGGUUUCUCUUGAUAAAGGUAUAACAAACUACUAUUCUUUUUAAACUUUUGGUAUAUGAAACACUUCUAAUUCCUGAGUGAGCAAUAGAACCCAGUAGUAUAUGUUAAAUUUUUGCGUAAUUUUGCUACAUAGCAUUUCACAAUAUUAAAGCACUUGCAGACAAUGGUUACACUGGAUUCAAUUACCAAGGAUCACUAUCUGUAUUAGAGAUUAGGGCAGUUAUAUAACCAGAAGCAUCUAACUAUUAUGUAGAAAGAAAUGAAGGGCAAAAAGAUAAAGAUGCAGAUGUUACUCAGCACUAAAGAAAAAAGCAGUGUACCAUUGUGGUCCUUGAAAAUAUAAGUAUUUUAGUUAAUUAUUUGUUUUUGAAAUAAAUUAUACUUUUGCUGUUAAUGUAUUGAAGGUUUUUAUAGUUAUGCUUCAUUUAUGUUUUUGAUAGUCACUGUAUAGUUGUUUGAGUAAUGUGUUACUAUUUUUAAUGUUGAAAUCAUGUGUUGUUUAAUUUUUGUACUUCAAAAUCUUUGACAUUAAAUAUGUGAUGUUUCUA